AUGGCGCUUCCAAGAUUACACGACAAGUUCAGCUUGAACAGAGUCCAGAGCUUUGCAAUCCACGCGAGUGGAUGGAAGGAGGCGGCCACCUGGCGAAAGCAGGAUGCCGAGUUCGCCGAGUCGCAGCGCCGCGGCGCUGAGCGAACCAUGGCGGCGCGGAAGGACAUGGAUGCCAAGCUCUUCGAUGCGAUGCUGGCCAAAGCAGGCGCGCACAAGCUGGAGCAAGGCAUCUCCGAAAAGACGCGGCAGCAGGAGCUGCUCCUGAACAGGCCACUCGUGGAGCGCAUGGCCCAGUCGGGCUUCAAGCCGGAGAGGACCGUCGCCAUGCUGAAGCAGGCAUCGAGCCAUGGACUGGGGGCAUGA